AUGGUUCAGGCAGCCUGGCAAUGGGCGGCACGUACGAAGAAUUUGAGAAAGAGUCUGAUUCACGGGGAGGAAGAGGCGAGGUUGGUCUUGACAGACAAGUUCGAAGCACAGGAUGUCACAACCAACGAAAUCUCGAUGAGCGGGAGCAUCGAUAUCGAGGACGACUCGGGAUUUCUGUUGUCGAACGAUGUACCGAACGUGGACGCCGACGAGGCUGCACUGACGAACGGCACCGCAGCAACGGGAGCCUCCACUGGCACAGCCCAGCAGAUGGAGUCGUUCUCGGCCAGUGCAUCCUUCAAGCAGCUCCGUGAUCAGAUCGCGGAAGCGCUCAAGGGCAUGAAGAUUAUUUUCAAAGACCUGACCCAGAAGCAAUCCGAUGCCUUGACCCGCCCACUGGAUAAGCCCUUCUCAGAUUCCAUCCUUCGCAUGUUUGCAGAUGCGACGAAACAAGAUUUGAUCAUGAACAACUAUGUUGUUCGGUCAAGGACACUUGUCUGCAGGUGA